AUGGCUGCAGUGUGGCUCCUCACCUGGGGGCUGCUCCUGGCGACCCAUAUCCCCACUGGAGCCCGGGGCCCGCUGCCGGUGGGGCUGUCCCCAGGUGAGACCCUGCAGCGGGGCAGAGACCCCCUGCACAGCCCUGCCUGGGGACAGCAGUGGCCUGGCCUGACCCUCACCUGGGAGGCAUCGGGGGAGCCGAGCGGUGCAGGAGUCCCUGGGAGCGAGCCCUGGGCGGGCAGCAGCCCCGUGCGCUGGUCCCCACCACUGCAGGUGGGAGAUGCCACCAGGGCAACCCCAGAGACUGAAAACACCAUGGCAAGUGCUGGCACCGGGGCCUGGCGGGACAGCGGUGCAUCUCCGGCUGUGGCAGAGGAGCCACUCGUCACUUGGCAAGGACACGAGGCUGAAGGCCAAGGCAACCCCUGGGGGGCAUCCUGGCUGCCCCAUGGCUCUGUGCUGGAGACACUGGGUUCUGAGAUGCCCACAGACAAGGGGACAGGGUCCCCAGGGCUGCCCUGGGCAGGGCAUGACCCAUCCCCAGCUGGGCAGAGUGCCACAGGGCCAGCCAGCACCCUUGGCUCUCAUCCAACCAUGUCCACCGUCUCCCUGACACCCACAGCAGGGACAGGGAUGGGGACAGGGGACGCAGCAGGGACAGAGGGUCAGUCAGUGGCUGGAGGACCCACAGCAACCCCAGGUCUGCCUCAGGGGACACAGUUCACUCCAGCCAGCAGCCAGCCAGACCUGCUGGGCACUGGCCUUGUCCUCACAGGCACAAGGCCAGCCCACAGUCUCCACGCCAGCCCCCGCUCUGUGCAGCUGGUGGGUAAACAGGGGGACCUUGGCAAGCCCCUCAGUCCCUCUCUGGCUCUGCUCAGCUCUGCCCCACGGCUGCCCCAUGCAGCCCUAUCCUGGGGAGUGGCUGAGCCCUGGACACGGGUGCUCCCAGCACACCAGCGCAGCACCCGGCGGGCCCCGCUCAGCCAGGCCGCCAGCCCUGGGGAUGCAGCCCCUCGCACGGACCCCAGGCUAGCGGAGCAGCAGGGAUUCCAGCCCAUCCCAGGGCUCAGCACCAGUCCUGCACCACCAUCCAACUCCAGCACAGCCCUCCCUGGCACCCCUGCCACAGAGCUGCUGCCCGAGGAGGACAUCGGCUCCCCACAGCGGGUCCGGGGUGCUGUGGGCCCAGUGAGUGCCCCAAACGCCACCCAGGCCACCCCACGGCUGACGGCACAUCCUGCCACAGGGCCACCCGGGACCAGGCUCUCAGGCACCCCAGGGACAAAGCCCCCAGCCCAGGGCACCGUGGUUCCCUCCGCCACGUGGCGACGGGCAGGGGCGACGCCACAGCCACCCCCGCAGCGUCCAUCCACAGCACAGCCGCAGCCGAGCCGCCUUCCCCCAGUGCCGGAGGUCAACAAGACGGGGCUGUGCUGGGCCAAGCUACGGCGCCAGCUGGGCUCCUCCUGGGAGGCCCAUAUCUAUGGGGCAGCAGCCGUCUUCCUGCUGCUGGCACUGGGCUGCUUGCUUGGGCUGGCAGGGGCAGCCUCCCUGCGCCCCCAACAUCUGCCUCACGUUUUAGGGGCUCACGGGCUGCUGCUGGCCGUCUGCCUGCUGCGAGCCACCUUCCUGCUGCUGGACCCCUACGGGGCGCGGGGCCGCCUGCCGCCCCGGGCCCUGCUGCUGCUCAGCACCGUGCCCUUCCCCUUGCUGCUCGGCGCCUUCGCCCUCCUGCUCCAGCGGCUGCAGCGCUUGGCCCAGCUCCAGCUGCUGCCAGCACGGCUCCGGGGGCUGCCGGCGCUGGGGGCUGCCAUCGCCCUGCUGAGUGUGGUGCUGGGGGCCGCGGACCUGCUCCCACCCCGGGGGCCGGGGGGUGUCAGGGGCCCAGAGCUGUGGUGGGGGGCCCGGGCGCUGCUGGCAGCAGCCGCGGUGGGUCUGCCGGUGUGUGGGCUGCAGCUGUACAGCGGCCUGUGGCUGCGGGGGGUCCUGGGCCCCCCUGGGCGCUUCUCCUGGCCCGGCUGGACGGCACAGCUCUGGCUGCGGGUCGGCGAGCUGGGCACAGUGCUGGCACUGCUGCUGGCCACCGCUGAGCUGCUGUGCUGCCGGUGCCGCCGCCGGAGCCCCGCCGGCCAUUCCUGCUGGGCCAAGGCGCUGCGGUACUUCUGCGCCGGCCGCAAAGCCGAGGCGCCCGAGUACCCCAACAACUGCUACGACUGGGCUGGCGGCAGCGGCGGCAGCACCGGCCCCGAGCGGGCGCCCACCAACGACAUCUCCAAGAGCCUGAUCCGCAACGCGGCGGAGCAGCUGCCCCUGCGAGCGCUCAAGGACAGCAACGAGGCCUGGGCGGCCGCCGCCGGGAUGCCGGGGCUCAGCCCCAAGUGCCCCAACGUGCUGGUGGCCCGCUCCGGUGCCGCCUUCGAGCAGGGCUCAUCGCCCUCGCUGGGGGAACUGACCUUCCGCCCGCCCUCCCCCAUCGACCUGCGCCGCAGCAUCGACCAGGCGCUGUGCCGCCGCCACCUCCUGCGCGACGGCCUCUUCGACCGACCGCGUCGCGGCUCUGGCACCUCUCUGCACGGCCCCCUGGCCGCCGACGAGCCCCCCGGCGCCGGGCGCAUGGUGAGGUGCAGCUCACUCACAGAGCUGCCCGCGCCCCGGCAGCCCUCCAGCAGCGUCACCAUCACCGUCACCGCCUCAGCCAGCUCGCUGGAGAGCAGCUCACUGAAGAUCAGCUGGAACCCCUGGCGACACGGGCUGUCCUCACCAGACAGCCUGCCCCUGGAUGAGGCGCCCAGCCGAGCCCCGCUCCUGCUGCCCCCCGGAUGGGACCACGAGGGCCCCCGCAGCUUCCCGGCCCUCGCCAAGGUGGCGGACACCCGCAGCCUCUCCAGCGACACCAUCGAGCUCUGAGCCGGGGGGAUGCCUGGAUGGGCAGAGACUGGGAGGUGCAGGAGGACGAGCCCAGCCUGGGGGCCAGAGCUCCGACCCUGUGCCGCCGCAGGGCCGGGCAGGAGCUGGGAGCCGGGCAGGAGCUGGGAGCCGGGCUGGGCCAGCUCCAUUUGUGCCAAACCAGAGAAAUAAAGUUUUAUGCCGGGAGGAGCCGGCCCUGCUGGCGUGGGGAAGUGGCAGCGAGCAGCGGCA